UUCGUCACACUCCUUGCCGCUGAGACGCGCUGGAUUUUUAAUCGUGUACAUCACGUCACGAAUAAAUCGUAAGCAAACGAAGAGGGAAUAUUGCAUGGCCGUAUUUGGGGGAGUACAUUUUCCAAUAUUACCAGGUUGCAAGCCAAGAGACCUUUGACAUCCAUGUGGAUGUUGUGGAUAAAGUUUUGGAUCUUACAGAUUUACUUUGCGAUUUAAAAAGAUGGCAGAGUCCAUGCAGUCAGGUGAUCAUUCAGAACAACCUGAGGUUCACUUCACCCAAUAUCUCUUUGUUGGUAAAGAAUACCCAAAUUAUCAGCCAGGCUGUUGGUUUGUUCAUAAAUAUUAUGAGCAAAGUCGUGUCACUUCCAUCGGCAAGUUAGCUGAACGAGAUAACCCAUUGGUACCGAUCGAACUCAUCAAGAAAGCUUUCGAUAGUGGGAUGGUACCGAAUCCGGAAACGCUUGUGUUUGCACUAGCAUUAUGUGCUAGGCAGAAAAAAGAAAGUUUGCGCCAUGCUGCCUACGAUGCAGUAAAAACGAUUUGUACAACACCACAGCACUUCAUUUUAUUCACAAAAUUUGCUUCUGAAUUGGCCAAAAGUGCUCCAGAGCCGAAACAUGGUUGGGGUAGCGGUUGGCGUAAAGCUGCAAGUGACUGGUAUUUGUCUAAGGAUGCGAUGGAAUUAGCUAAGUGUGUGACAAGAUACAAAGGCAGAUAUGGCUGGAGUCACAAGGACAUUAUCAAAUUGUCUCACCCUAAAACAACUGAUAUUGCAAAACAGGCAGUUCUGAAGUAUAUAUUGUUCGGCUUGAAAGUUGCGAAGCAAGAGUUUUCCGAUAAACCGGAUGCUGCUGAGGUCCUUGAAUACAUUCAAAAAGUAGAAGAUUUUAAGCACUGUGAAGAUGAAGUGGUGGCUGGGAGGCUUCUGGAAAUUCAUAAUCUAUCAUUAGAACAUGUUCCUGGGCAUUUAUUGAAAUCUAGAGAGGUAUGGAAUUCAUUGAUACCAACAAUGAGUAUAACCAUGCUGUUGAACAACUUGCAAAGAAUACAUAAUAUUGGAUUACUCAAACCUUACGCUGUGGAAGCUGAUAAAAUAAUUGACGUGAUCACGGAUAAAGAGAGGCUGAUCCGCGAAAAUGUACACCCUGCUCUCGUGCUUAUAACGAUAAAGAAUUAUGAAAAAUCUGGAAAACCUUUGUCAUAUGAAAAGCAAAAAGUUAAAGAUGCUGCUAAGAAACCAUCACCUCCACCGAUAAGACCAAAUCGAAAAAUUAUCGAAACUCUGUAUAAGACGCUUGGCUAUUCAUUUGAUUUGCAGAUCCUGAAGCCAACUGGUUUGCAAUAUAUGAUCACGAUAGACAUGAGCAAGGCUAUGCAAGAGAGUCGAGUCUGGCAAUGUGGUAAUAUCAAUGCCGCAGAGGCGGGUUGCUUGAUCGCUCUCUGUCUUCUCCGAUGUGAAAAAAAUGUCACGGUGGCAACAUUCAAAAAUACUGGAGUUCACAUUGUCAAUCUAGACAAAAUGUACACAAAUGCAUCUCUAGGGCAAAUUUUCAAAAAGAUGAAACAAAUGCCAACCGGACCGGUUAAUUUAGAGAAACCUAUCAUAUGGGCAGCUCAAGAAAAAAAGAAGUACGAUGUCUUCAUCAAUGUCGUAGAUGUUAUUGACAAAAGAUUCGGGAAUGGAUCAAGAAUUGACAAUCCCAGACGAGCCAUCAAAAAUUAUCGAAGCAAAAUGUCACAAGACAAUGCAAAACUAGUGACCUGUGCGAUGACAACUCCACAAAUAGGAAAUCCGAUUGAUGAAGACAAAAACGUUCUCACCAUUUGCGGGUUUGACGCGAACGUUCCGAAAAUUAUAGAAGCUUUUGCAAGAUCUCUCUUUUAAAUAAUGAAGAUAUCAAUUUCUGCUAACAGCCACAACUAAGGAAAUCUAUUCCCAUCAACUGAGGAAAUCUAUUAUGUGUUUGAAAAUUGAUGACCAUCGUGUGAAGGUAUCAUUUACAUAAUUAGUUAUCCACAAUGCAAAAGCAUAUAAUUAUGAGCUAUGCAAUCACGCGUACCGCACCGAUGUAACGUUACGUUGCAGCUGUUAGACAUUGAAUAUUUAUAUCUUUGGACUCAAUCUUUACUCUUCUCAUCUAGAGGGUAACUUGCAACAGGAACAAAGCUUCAGGUUGAUCGACAACAUUGUUUACAUUCAGAAUAUUAUCUGUAAAAAUUCGAACCUCUGAAAGAGUUUUGCAAGAACAUCAACAAAUAAAUCAAUAUCGUAUGGUACGACAAACGAUAAAAGUGAGGAAUAACUACACAUAACUGCCUAAAAUGUCUUUUCUUUAAAGUAGGGUGACGACGAUUCAUACAGACACAUCUUUUGAUAACUUCCAAACCAUUUGUCGAUUCAUAGCUUCAGUCGCAUGAUUCUACAAAGAUGUUAAUCUAGACCUAUGACAUGUUUUACUACAAUCGAUAUGGCAGCACUAUUUAAGAUAUAACUUGACGCACGGUCAAGAUUUUUGCCAUGUAAGUGUAUGAUUUGCUUCUUGAACGUUUUUAAUCAUUCUGUUGCGGUAAUCAGAUGCAGAUCUGUAUCAGAAAAAUCAAAGUAUGAGUGUAGAAAGCGGCAAGUCGGGGCUUUGUUUGUUUUUCUCAUUUCUAAAUGAUAUUAUGUUUCUUUUUUUGAUAAUAACGACUGUUUUUAGCGGGGUGAUUAAAUGUCUGAAAAUUAGACGUUCUACUAAUAAAUUAUGCGAAGAAAUUUCCAUGACGAAUCGACUCAGCCCAUAAGUUCUGAGAAUACUUACGGUAUCCGUACAAUAACACUCUCUAAAUGAGAACAAAUCCAUCACCCAAUGUUUUGCAUAAUAAAUUUUUAACAAUAAGUUAAUGUCAUUAUCAGAUAAUGAUUCUUGUGAUUAGAAUUAGGAGUAAUCCGCACUACUUUCAUUAAUAUUUUUCUUUUCCUGUGAUCUUAUUAGUGUGCAUCUGCUUUCCCCAUUUUACAGGAAUUUACAAAAUCAUUAUAUGAGAUUGAUCCUAUGCACUAACAGUAAGAGUAAGAAAGCUGGCGUUAAGUGUGGCAGUAUUUUCUGGUACGAUAUACUGCAACACAGGAAUAAUGAUACUCAAAAAUACAUUUUGCAUAGGAACACUUAUUUUGUUUUUAGUUUAAUCCUGCUUCAUACCAUGGGUUCGCGGUAAUUUAUUUAUAACGUCAUUAUAAUAGCUUAAUGAUCUAGAAACUCGCACACUCCCGACAAGCAGAAAAAAAACAAAAAAGAAACAUAUAUUCAAAAAAAUGCAAAAAAAAAUCAAUGAAAAAUGAACCAUAACGAUGAAAGAAAUUUUCACUGUGAUACGCAUUUAGCCCCAAAGAAUAUAAGCUUACACUUUUUAGUAUAAUUUUACUGUUAUUUCAUAUUCGCCAUUAUGUCCAAAGUGACGGCAAUUGAUAAUUUAUACCACUACUGUCAUACUGUGAUACAAAAUACAUUGUUAUUGUUAAAACUAGGGAAAUGAAUAAAUAAAGAUGUGCUUAGGGAGUGUGCUUAGGUAUAAUUAAUUUGUUAAUUAGUCCUAAACUAACGUAAGAAAUUUUCCUGAUAAUCCGUGAUAUCUAAUGAUAUCAAUAGCUUUGUUCAAUAACAUUGCAUCGCUAUCACUAAUAUUUAUGUAUGCGAUUAUUAACUUCACUGUUUAGUUUUUGUGUGCUAUUAGAAACAUCAAAUAGUUUACUGAAUUUUCAUUUUCUAUCACCUCGUUACAACUUUUCAGUUGGAAACAAUACGAUGGUCUCGAAGAAUCAGUAUUUCUUCUUUUUUUCUCAAUUCAAUUUUCAGAAAUAUUCACAAAAUUUUGUAUUCAUUGGUAGGCGAUGACUUUUUCUCGGAAAUAUACAAAAAAAUGAAACAAAAAAAUGGAAAUCUAUUACGUAAAUAUGUACUAGAUAAAAGUUCAUCAUUACAGAUGUAAGUUUGACCAGAAGCAUUCUAUAGGUACUGAACAAUACAUAAAAUAUGUUACAAUUUAUGUAAUCAUAUUCAACAACAGCACAACUAUUCAGAUUGCAUAUGAGAAUCUAUGGAGCAUAGUUUGCAUUUUGAGCUGUCUGAAACAUUGUGAUUUUUAUUGUGAUUCACUCAUACCGGUGUUGUUAAAGGACAUUCAUGUUCAAUGUAAACACAUCGUAUGAAACAAACGUAUGUAUGAUUAGUUUCUGUAGAUCAAAAUUCCACUGUUGCACUUCCAAACAUGUCUAAUAAUUAAUAGACAAAGAGUAUUUAGUAACAUUGACACGUGAGCAAUAUUUUACAAGGUAUCCAAAAUUCAAUGGGAUAUUUAUUCAUCAACUGAUUGAUUCACAGAAUCGGAAUUAGGUAAUUUAUUGAUCAUUUGAUACUGGCAAAUUGGCCGUUGACACGUCUCUAAACCAACCCAAUUUCAAGAAGAUAAGGUAAAAUAUAUGUGAUCAUCAAAGCUCAUGCAAUAUCUCAAGUCAUUUGUUGACAUUAGUUGAUUUGUAUACACAGGUUAUCGAAAUAUUUUUUAUUCAUUGUUCAAAUAAUCAAAUUUGGGAGAGGAAGCGAUUUUUCCAUUCAAUUCAUUUUAUAUGAUGCUCGUUGCAGUGCUAUAGAACAAAAUAUUAAGCUGAAAAUUCGUACGUGAAGAGGCCUUGAAAACCUUCAUAAUCACUAGAGUAGGUAAUAUUCUGGUAAUACGGCUGCUGGUAAAUAGUAAAUUGGGUUCACUGCAAAUUCGUAUUGCAAUCCUAACGUUAUUUUUAUACCUAAUUUGUAUUGAUUGACAUGAAAAAAAAAACUCAAAAAAAUUUACAACCUGUAAUUCUUGGCAAUGAGGAUAGAUAUUUUUAGUAAUUUUUAGUAUGUUGUAUCAAGAUAAACUUAUUUAUAAGUAAUACAAUAGACAAACGGUUAUUCAUUUACAAAUUACGUAAUGAUGUUACACUACCAUGAAUCAUAACAGUAAUCGUGAUUUUAUUGCUAUUUUAUAGAAAUCUUGUAUAACUAUGAAAAGGCAAUAGGAUAUCAUAGCGAAAUAAAUUCUUACUGAACAAAAAAAAAA